AUGUGAACUAUGAUCUUUCAUUAGAACCCCCCUAGAAUUGAAGUCUUAACUUGUUUUAAACCAGAAGAAAUGGUGCCUUUACAAAAUCACACGUGAAAGAAAUCGCAACUAAAUAAAUCACGUCGUCCCAAAGAGGCAGUCCCCUCUUUUGUUAGGAUUAUUCAUUUUUGUGGAAUAAUUAUGACGGUCAAAAUGAUCUUUUAAUCAAUCACAUCUAGAGAGCAGCUGUAUAAUCAUCUAUCUAAACUAAACAAUGUCGACUUUCUUUAAAGAUGUGGCUCAAGAAUCUAGGAUUCAGCUUAAUUUGAGUUCUCAUGAUAAUAAGUUGAUUGAUUCUGGAAAUAACAAUGUUAAUAAUACGAUUGCAAAUGAUGGUGGUGGACAAGAUGAUACAAAUGAUACAUCAGAUGUAACUUCAGUAGAUUUGGAUUUAUCUAUAUCAAAUGAUACUAAAGAAGUAAAUCAUAAUGAAACUCAGGAGACUUCAUCGAUGAGAUCAAUGGCAAACAGUUCUGAAUCUAAACCAGAUGGAUUCAAUUAUAAAUGGAGUAAUCAUAGUUUACGUGAUUCCGAAGUCAUUGAUUCUUCAACACCAGCUAAAAUAAGAAUUCCAACUAAACAACCAUUCUUAUUUGGUAAUAGUAAGUUAAGUACUAAAUUAUUUUCUAAUAAGAUAUACUCUACAACUCCUAAAUCAAAUUCUGAUUUUAAAUCAACUCCAAGAAUUUCUUCUUCUCAAUCUACAGAUAUUGAUAAUCAAGAGGGGAAAGAAAAUACUAAAACUGAAUCAAUUGAUUAUGGUUAUACUUCAACUACUCUCAAACAAAUUGAAAGUAAGCAUGAUUUAAUAAAAGUUGCACCUGUUAAACAAAUUUCUCUGACUGUAAAAUCAGAUUUCAGGCCUAAUGAUUCUCUUUCUAAUUCAUUUUUUAAUAUUAUCACUGAAUUAGAAUCAAAGUGUACUAGUUACAAAUACCAAUUAACAAAAUCCAACCAAGUCAUAUCGGUAAAGGAAAAUGAAUUACAAGCAAUGCAAGGUAAAGUAACUACAGUUACUCAAAAACUAAAUUCACUAAACUCUAUCUUAAAUGAAUUUGCUCUGGAAUUAAAAGAAAUGAAGACUGAUAAAAGUGAAAGAUCAAAUUAUAUUGAAGAAAUAAAACUGGAUUUGGAAACCACCCAGAAAUCAGUUCAACAUUUAAAGGAAAGGUUAUCCAAAACAACAAAAUACUUAGAAUCGUAUAAAUUAAGAUCAAAUGGUUUUAAAUUAAAGUUUGAAAAACAGAACUUAUUGAUAAAAACUCUAGAAGCAUCUGUUGAUGAAUUAUCUGGUAAUUUGUCCGAAGAAAAAAUUAAAGUUUGUUCUUUAAAUAAUAAACUUAACGAAACAAGUGAAUUAUAUGCUAAACAAUUGAUAGAAAAACAAGACCAAUCGUUUAAUUUGUUGAAUGAUAAGAUUGAUAAAGAUUUAAAAGUUCAAAUAGUAGAAAAUCUGAAACAAGUUUCUUCACAUAUUGAAAAUGUAUUUGAUCAAUUUUCUAAAUCUUUCGAAACAAGUGUUCUUGGAAAAUUAGCAGCAGAAAGCAACCAAUUACAAACUCAAUUAAAGGAAUACACAACUUCCACUUUUGAAUCUAUUAACUUGAUUAAAAAUAGUAUACAAUCUAUUGAUGAAGUGUUUCCUAAUUCUAUUUCAGAUAUUUCAUCCAAUUUCAAAACUAUGUUGGAAACGGUUAAUAAUUUACAAGAUUCCUCUUUAAAAGAUAAAUUCGCAGCCAUAAAAAAGGAUGCUAAUUUUUCAACUUCAGAAUUAAAGCAAAUGUUAACUAGUUUAUCGGUGAAGUUAGAAGAGCAAUUGACUAAUAAUAAUCUGUGGAAUAGUUCAAUAUCUGAACUUUCUAAUCAAAUUAAAGUGUAUCAAGAUGAGAAGUUGAAAAUUACCCAAGAAUUGAAAGAUGCUGCGGUUAAGAUUCUAAAUUUUGAGAAAUUAUUUGAAACGCAAAAGUUACAAUCAUCAUCUAAAACUACUGAGAUCAAAAAUUUGAAAGCCAAUGUGAUUAAGCUUGAAAAAGAUUUAAAGCAAAAAGUACUGAAAUUAGAUGAGGUUAGUCAAACUGCCGAACAUGAAAAGCAAGAAUUAACUAAAAAUUUUAAAACCCUGAUUGCAUCACUUAAAGAAUUUCUUGCCAUUGCUAAUAAUGAAAAGAUUCAAAAUAUUUCUGAAAGAGAUACAUUAACUAAGAAAAUUAAAGAAUUAGAAAAGAUUAAAGCAGAUUAUGAAAUAUUAAAGCAAUCUAAAAGAGAGAUUAAGCAAAGUGCUACAGAGUUGGAAAUUUUAAAGAUGAAAACUAAGACUAAUGAAUCCAAUUAUCAAAGUGAAAUUGCAAAAAUUACAAAAAAGUAUGAAUCUUCUCAAAAGGAAUUAUUAAAGGUUAACAAUAAGCUUACAGAGAAAGGGGUCAUUGAAAGUUCAUUGAAUGAAAAGAUUGAUAAAUUGACCAAACAAUUUCAAACUGAACAAAAGAAUGAUUAUGACAAGAGAAUUCAUGAUGAUCAAAUUAGAAAUAUUGGGAAUUCAUUAAAGGAGUCAAAUAAGAAGUUUACUGUCAAGGAAGCAAAAUAUAAGAAUGAUAUUAUCGGUUUCAAAGAAAAGAUCAAGAUGUUAGAAAUAGAUAAUAAAUCUCAAUUAAAGGAGAAGGAAUCGUUACAGUCUAGUUUAUCAAAUUUAGAAAACCAAUUGAAAAAAUCCGAAAAUGAAAAAAAACUUUUGCAAACAAAUUUUGAAAGCAAGAUCAAGCAAUUGGAAUCUAGAUCAACGACAAAGAAACUUGAAGAGCCACUGAAUUCUGACAAAAAGAAAAGAAAAGUAUCUGCUAUUAAUAAUGAUAAUGAUACAUUUGAUGAAUUUUCAAUUGCAAAUGUUGAUGACUUUCCUUUAGUUCCAAGAAGGAAAACCAAAAAAUGAAAUUUAUAUUUACAAGGGGGGUAUGCUAAUG